AUGGCGGGGUUGAGGGGAUCGUUUGCCGCCGGCAACUCAGUAAAAGUCCAACACUCCCAUUCGCCUACACGGCUGGGAAUACUCGUCGCACUCUUCGGUAUUUUCCUCUAUAAUGUCCACAAAGCAUUGCAUCAAAAAUUUCCGUGUCCGCUCCCGCCGUCUCCUCCGGCGGAACCGAUCCUCGGGCACUUCAGGAGGCUGCCACUAGAGAACGCUCACCUCAAACACAUGGAAUAUGCUAAGCAAUACAAUUCAGACGUCGUAUACUUCAACGUAUUGGGAAAUCACAUGGUCGUCCUCAACUCCCAGAAGGCUGCGAAUGAGUUGCUGGACCAGCGAGGCGCCAACUACCAGGACAGGCCUCGAUUCGUUUUAUUUGAAGUUAUGGGAUGGGGUUUGACGUUGACUUUCCUCCCAUACGGCCCUAGAUUUCGCUUGCAUCGUUCAGUGCUUCAAACGGGAUUCACCAAGACGGCUAUAACGAACUACAGGCCAAUCCAGUUAGAUGAAGCCAGACAAGCCGUCUCCAGAAUCCUCAAGCGCCCCGAAGCCUGGGACUUUUCCUUGCGCCGGUUUGCUUCCGCGAUAGUCCUCCGGAUUGGAUUCGGCGUCACCGUUAGAUCAGAUGACGAUCCGUUCAUCAAAAUCGCCAUAGACGCCAAUAUGGCGACGGGAGGGGGAGGAAAUCCGGGAACGGCUCUUGUUGACUAUUUCCCAUUAUUCCGUUAUAUUCCUGAGUGCCUGAACUUUUCCAAGACCUUACAACACGCGCGAAAAUGGGGAUGGGCUAUCAAGAAUCUUCAUGAUAUACCAUUUUCGACAAUCAAGAAAGAAUUUGACGAAGGGACAGCUAAUCCGUCUUUUGCUUAUUCUCUUCUGACGAAAUAUAAGGAGAAUGAGGAAGCGGGCAUCCCCAACCAACUUACACUCCAGGACAUUCAAGGUGCAUCCGGUGCUGUUUUCAUCGCGGGCUCUAAUACGACAUUCGCUACGACGACUGUUGCCAUAUUAAAUUUGAUGAUCAAUCGUGAAGUGUUCGAGAAAGCCAGGGCCGAAGUUGACAGAGUAAUCGGCACAGACAGGCUGCCUACGUUUGAAGACCGACCAAAUCUGCGCUAUAUCGACUAUAUUGUUGAGGAAACCUCCAGGUGGAGAGCACUGUCGCCCAUUGGAAUUCCCCACAGAUCGUUAAAUAACGAUAUCUAUAAUGGAAUGUUCAUUCCCAAAGGGACGUUGGUCUAUUAUAAUACAUUCGCUAUGUCUAGAGAUCCGGCCGUUUACAAGGACCCCGAGAAAUUCAAUCCAGACCGAUAUACUCCCAAAGAAGAAGGAGGGGAUGGAGAGCCUUUAUUAGUCGGUCCGUUUGGCUUUGGUCGUAGAGUAUGUGUCGGACGCCAUCUAGCUCAGGCAUCUGUGUGGAUUAUGAUAGCUACUCUUGUAGCCACCACUGACAUAUCGAAACCCAUCGGACCAGACGGUAAGCCCAUCGAACAGAGCAUCAAGUUUAGUACGGGACUAUCAAGUCAUCCCGGCAAACUCGAUGUGGUCUUCAGACCUAGGUCUGGAAAGGCGCUCAGACUCCUCAACGAAGCUGUCAGGGACGCUCAGUGA